UAGGUGUUGCUCGGGUGUGAUGGAGUGAACUCGGUUGUGGCAAAAUGGCUAGGCUUCAAGGCGCCUGCUUUCGUUGGCCGAUUUGACAUCAGGGGCACCGUGUAUUACGAGAAUGGUCAUGGUUUUGAGCCCAAGUUUUUCCAGUUUGUUGGUCAAGGAGUCAUGUCUGGCAUUAUCGCGUGCAAUGAUAAGACCAUGUAUUGGUUUGCCAGUUUUUCUACUUCCAUGUCCAGCCAGGAGAUGGAAGAAAAUCCAGCUGAGGCGAAGCAAUUCGUGCUGAGCAAGCUCGGAAAAGUUGCCGAUAACUUUAAAGCUGUCAUACGCGACACAGAAUUGGAAAACUUGUCCAUAGCUCCACUCAGGUUCAGACACCCAUGGGACAUUUUAUGGGGACGCAUAAGCAAAAGCAAUGUCUGUGUAGCUGGAGAUGCAUUCCACCCCAUGACUCCAGAUAUAGGCCAAGGAGGCUGUUCGGCUCUAGAAGAUGGGGUCACCUUAGCAAGAUGCCUCGGUGAAGCCUUGAGGGACAAGCAAGGCAUUAGAAGUGAAGAGUACAAGAGGAUUGAGAUGGGCCUGAAGAAUUAUGCCAAAGAGAGAAGAUGGAGAGCAUUUGAGCUCAUAAGUACAGCCUAUAUGGUGGGAUACAUCCAAACAAGCAAUGGCAGGAUAUUGAGCUUCUUAAGGAAUAAAGUGCUGGGCGGGUUCUUCGCCAGGCAGCAGCUGAAACUAGCGAGUUUCGAUUGCGGGAAACUGACAACUUCCUGAAUUCAGACCCUACUCCUAUAUUUCGUUGUUUCCUUUUCAUGGUACACAGUGUUGUCUCCACUUGGUGGGAUACAUCCAAACAAGCGAUGGCAAGAUAUUGAAAUUCUUAAGGAAUAAGUACUGGGUGGGUUCGUCGCCGGGCGGCAGCUGAGACUAGCGAGCUUCGAUUGCGGGAAACCGACAACUUCCUAAAAUUCAGACCCUACUCCUAUAUGUUGUUUCCUUUUCAUGUUACACAGUGUAGUCUCCACUUUCCUCUUGUUUUUUCUCCUCUUUUUCGUUCUCUUCAUUUGAUGAAAGCCUCAGCUCAUGGAAGUUAUGUGUUUAUGCUGUACUCUCCCUAAGUCU